AUGUCCUUCGUUAUGCGCUUUCUUAAAGCCAAAUCCCCCAAAGAGGCUGUGCCCACUCCUAAUGUCGCUGCUGAGUCUGCCCCCACGGCUCGGCCCGAUACAGAACCGAAUGCCUGCGACGCCGAUAGCAUUUCCCUGCCGACAUGGAGGAAUUCGUUGCCCUGCAGUGAGAAAGCAAGCACUCUCGCCAGUGGCCAUACGAGAGACCCAUCCGGUGGUAGUGUAAACAAGGAAAUCGCCAUUGCCUCUCCCCCAGCCUCUCCUUCUCCCGGACUUAAUACAAAAUCGAAUGAUCUCGACGCUGAGCUCGUGAACGUCGAGAUAUCCGAUAGAGAACCCCCCAAAGAGGAAGACGACGACGAUGAUGAAAAAGAUGAUCCUGAGCAAUACCCAAGCGCCUGGAAGUUGAUUUUGAUCACGAUCGCCCUCUGUCUUUGCGUCUUCUGCGUGGCAUUGGAUAACACGAUCAUCGCCACUGCCAUUCCCAGAAUUACGGAUCACUUCAACUCCAUCGAGGAUGUCGGUUGGUACGGUAGUUCGUACCUCUUGACGACCUGCGCGGUGACUCUGAUCUUCGGGAAACUCUACACCUUCUACCCGAUUAAGUGGAUUUACUUGACGGCGCUGUUUGUCUUCGAGCUCGGCUCGUUGAUUUGUGCGACAACUCCUACUUCCGUCGGGCUGAUCAUCGGUCGAGCCAUUGCAGGACUGGGCUCCGCGGGUCUGGUCACUGGGUCUCUUCUCAUCAUCUCCAAGAGUGUUCCUCUGGAAAAGCGCCCGAUGUACAUCAGUCUCGUGGGAUCGAUGUUCGGAAUUGCCAACGUCGCUGGUCCUCUUAUGGGAGGUGCUUUCACUGACCAUCUCACUUGGCGCUGGUGCUUCUACAUCAAUCUACCAAUUGGAGGUAUUACUUUCUUCUUUGUCUUGUUUUGGUUCCAGAGUCCCAAGGCCAUCUUGAGCACCAAGUCGUUCAAGGAACAGAUGGGAGAGCUGGACUUGCUCGGCUCUCUCUUCUUCCUUCCCUCGAUCAUCUGCUUGUUGCUCGCUCUCCAAUGGGGUGGCAGCAAAUACCCCUGGAACAAUGGACGCAUCAUUGCACUCUUUGUGGUCUUUGGUGUGCUUAUUAUUGCUUUCUGCGCGGUGCAAGUGUGGUCCAAAGACAAGGCGACCAUUCCUCCCCGCCUUAUCAAGAAGCGCAGUGUUUGGGGAUCUGUGUGGUUCUCCUUGGCUCUUGGCUCUGCUUUCUUCGUCUUUGCCUACUACCUCCCCAUAUGGUUCCAGUCCAUCAAGGGCGCAUCGGCAACGAAGUCGGGCAUCAUGAACCUUCCAACCAUCAUCUCCGUCGUGAUCCUUUCCAUCUUAAGCGGUGGUCUCACCACCGCCUGUGGUUAUUACACGCCUUUCAUGAUUGCCUCGCCAAUCAUCAUGAGCAUCGGCGCAGGCCUCCUGACAACCUUAGAGGUGGACUCCGGCCAUGCCAAGUGGAUCGGCUACCAAGCCAUCUUCGGUAUCGGUAUCGGCUUGGGUAUGCAGCAACCAAUGAUCGUGGCUCAAACAGCCCUCAAGCCCGCCGACGUCCCCGUCGGCACUGCGAUGGUGAUCUUCGCCCAGACCCUGGGCGGCGCGAUCUUCAUCUCCGUUGCGCAGAACGUCUUCCAGAACGGACUAAUCACCAACUUCGCCAAGUAUGCACCUGAGCAGAAUGCACCACAGCUUAUCUCGGCUGGCGCGACUAUGAUUCGCUCUCUCGUGAAGGGAGAGGACCUGCAUCAGGUCUUGCUUGCUUAUAAUGCUGCCAUUACGGAAACUUUCUACGUUGCUGUUGCCAUGGGUGCUUUGUCGAUGAUCGGACCCAUCUUCGUCGAGUGGAUCUCGGUUAAGGGCAAGAAGCUUGACAUGGCCCCGGCUUAG